GGUGCGUCUCAUGGCACCGCAUUGGCAUUGGGAUCGCGCACUGUCCGGACGCCCCGGCGCCAUGGCCAGCCUUGCCAGAGUGUGUUCGCUACUGCUUGUUGGCGUCGCCGUCGUCCUGCUCCUGCCCGGCACGUACGGGUGGCACGAGAGCAACUGCCCGCCGGGACAUGGCGGUGGUGGUGGUGGUGGUGAUCCUGGACACCACCACCCGCCCCACCACGGCAAGCCGCCCAAGCACCACCACGGCCCUCCGUCGGGCCACAAAUGCCCGCCGUGCCACCCGCCGCCGACGCCGCGUCCACCGCCGACUCCACCAUACGGCCCUCCUACGCCACUGCCACCGCCGUACGUGCCGCCCACGCCGAGCCCACCGCCCUACACCCCGCCGACGCCACCGUACAUUCCUCCAAGUCCGCCGUACGUGCCACCAACGCCACUUCCACCGCCAUACGUGCCACCAUACGUCCCGCCGACGCCGCCAUACACUCCGCCCUACGUCCCGCCAACUCCACCAUACACGCCGUCACCGCCCUACGUGCCACCGACACCGCCCUACGUGCCGCCGCCGUCGCCGGGGCCGGGGAGGAAGACGUGCCCGAUCGACGCGCUGAAGCUGAACGCGUGCGUGGACGUGCUGAGCGGGCUGGUGCACCUGGUGAUCGGGCGGGAGGCGCGGAGCAAGUGCUGCCCGCUGGUGCAGGGGGUGGCGGACCUGGACGCGGCGCUGUGCCUCUGCACCACCAUCCGGGCGCGGGUGCUCAACAUCAACAUCUACCUCCCCGUGGCGCUCCGGCUGCUCAUCACCUGCGGCAAGCACCCGCCCAACGGCUUCCAGUGCCCCACCGACCUCGACGCCUAGCCUGCAUAGUCCAUAGCCU